UGGCUGAACUAGUUCAGCCCUAGAGGAAUGUGUUUGUGCAAGGCUGCUGUACUUUGCCCUGCCUCUUACUCGGUAUAAUGGCAGCCUAACUAAGUAUUCCAGGAAAUCAAACACUCGAUAAGGACAAGAACCUAGCUGAGUGCUUUGGGGAAGGCAGUUGAGUCAAUCAGCACAUGAAAAGACACAAGUCUGUCUUUGGCACUUCUUAGAGGCGGGGUGAUCGGAGCUGUUUGGAUGGGACAUACAGAUCCACGUCAACAGAAUGGAUUUAGUCAAACAUACAGGCGGCUGCCACUGUGGGGCUGUUCGAUUUGAAGUCUGGAGUUCCCCUGACAUCCUUGUUUUUGAUUGCAGCUGUAGCAUUUGCACUAAGAAGCAAAACCGCCACUUCAUUGUUCCAAAAAGUAGCCUCAAAAUCCUACAGGGCCUGAGUAAUCUGACCACUUACACGUUUAACUCUCACACUGCUAAACACACCUUCUGUAAAACCUGUGGGGUUCAAAGUUUCUACUCGCCACGCUCUAACCCUGAUGGAUAUGGCGUUGCUCCACAUUGUUUAGAUCCGGGUACCAUCCGCAGUGUGACGGUUGAGAAAUUUGAUGGAGAGAAGUGGGAAGAAACUAUGCAAGCUAAGAAGCAUAUCAAAGACUUGUCCAAACCUGUCCAGACAUGUCCUCCAUAGCCGCGGCAGCUGAGAGAAACUAAAUAACACGUCCUGAAAUAACGCCGCCUGAGAUACUCUGU